GAGAACCUUAAAAUUCUAACUUACAGUCACAAACGCUCAGUCGAUAUUUUCCUGUCAAGAUGGCGGAAAACAUGGAGACGAACACAGUGACAGAGGUAUUGUUACUACCCCCACCUCCAUCUCUAACGUAUUCCCCACUAUUUCUUGGGGUUCUAUUAGCUGACCGCUCUGUAUAUGCACUAUUGGAAGUAUGCGAAACGCUUCCAAAAUCCACUAUAGCUACUUUAACAACUAUCGCCGACAAACAAGAAAGCAUAUCACUAUACUUUGUUGUCAGUGGAGGAAGGACACAAGCCUCAGCGUGUCUAUUAGCCACGGAGUAUGCAUUAGAAGUCAAGCUAGGAGCUCCUUUAGAAUCUUUUGCGUCGUUCACGAAGAUCAACUUAGAGGUAUACAUAAAUGAGUAUGGGAUUGUAUCUGUAUCCGCAGCAGAGGAAGUAGGGUUAGGAGUAACGUCCGAACCAACGGAACUAAUAUUCGAUUUACAGAAUCCUACUACCUGUAGGCCGGAUUUUGACAGACAUGAGUCAACCACACAAUUGUAUGAUCCGGCUUUAGUCCGGCGCCUACCCAUCAAGCUGCCGCAUAGAACUAUUGCGGUUUUGGAUAAAGUAUACACAAUAAAGCAGCAAUUCACAGGCGAUGUUCCUGUCUCGCAACACGAUCUUACCGGUUGUGCACUCUGGGAAUCCGGGAUAAUUGCAGCCCAUUUCUUACCUCAAGUAUUUACAACAGCGUACCGGACUACGGAGGACAAUAAGGCGAGUUGCCAUGGUAACGACACACUCAGUAUUGGCAGUUCAGGUCGAAGAAUGCGUGUGCUCGAGAUAGGCUGUGGUGCCGGACUCGUGUCUACGGUUGUGGCGGAUCAAUGCCCCUUUAUCGACAUUGUGGGUACAGAUGGCGAGGAGCUUGCAUUAAGGUUAUCCGCUGAGAACGCACGCCGGAAUGGAGUGAGUGUUGUCGAGUCACUGGAUGUAUGUAGUGAGAGGCCAGAACUGUGUACGCUAACAGAUGACACUGUUUUUUGUUCGAAAACAAGUACAGAGAAGCCUAGUAUAGCCAAAGUACAAAGGCGAACUACAAUACUAUGUCAACAAGGGCGAGUUAUGUUUGCACGGUUAGAUUGGAAUGAUGCAUGUGGAAUACAGGAGUUCACUAAACAACUAGGACCGUUUGAUUUUAUUAUUGGCAGUGACCUGGUGUAUCCAGCCGCGCCUAUACAUCCAUUGUUGAACGUACUAAAGUCCACCAUGACGAAGGAGACAACAGCUUAUAUAGUCACAAAGAACAGAACUGGCGAAGGAGACGAGUUCGUCGAUAAUCUGAGUACAGCAAAGUGGGUAAAGAAUUUGACUAUUCACGGCGCCGACGUCAUAUGUGACGAAUUUCGAACUCAGCAAGCGAACUUUCGCAGUGUCAGUUUCAAGGCUGUGUAUUGUUAAGCUCUACGUAUUUUCAUAGGAAAGGGGUGACUGUAUAAGUGCUUGACUUAUACUGCAAUGAAACUGUUCUUGCAAUAUCGAUAUGACAGAUGAAAACAAAAGUUUGAGAGCGCUGUCCGCGGCAAAAUAAGCGCCGCGAGCCAAGUGUAGUCUAUCACGCUUAUGAUUGGUGGUAGUGACUAUAUAUGCUCGUGCACGCGAUUAUGCAAUUUCGGACAGAGGAGCAAUUAGUGUAGUCUGCUAUUAACAUAUCGCUUGUGCGUUGCUGUGUCAGGUCUUAAUAUGUGGUUCCGACCCUUCAUAGUCGAAUAUAACGUUAUGUGGCUAGAGUGCGAAGUCGACCAACUUUUAUUCAUUAUAUUGCUCACUUUAACCUUGAACUAGACGUCGACGAUAUUUUUGAUGAGCUUUAGACACAACUUAGAAAUUGAUAACGUUACAAUUAAAGGUAUGAUAUAUGCGCGGCGCACAGUGCAGGUAGGAAUAAAGCAAACGCCGAGAUGGUCGUGUCGUACAAGAACGCACGGGCAAUGAUAAUACAUAGUACCAGGCUGAGGUGACUAAAAAUAAAUAUAUAAUUCGAUACAUU